AUGUCGUACACCUUUGGCACCCCGAGCUCGUCGGGCGCGCCGUCGAACAAUGCGACCACUACAGCACCUGCUUCAGGUGGCAUCUUUGGUGCUGCGGCAUCCGGCAGCACGACGCCUUCAUUCUCUUUCGGAAACCUAGGCGGUGCUUCGGGCGCCAAACCCGCCACUCCCUCUGGCAACGCAGGCUCCUUGUUUGGACAAGCAAGCGGCGGAAGCACUCCAAAGCCAGCUGGCAGUCUUUUUGGAGCCGCCCCGUCCUCCAACACCCCUUCUGGCACCGCGACUCCCUCGACUGGAUUGUUUGGUGGCAACGCGUCAACGACACCGGCGUCAGGUGGCUCGCUUUUUGGCGGAGCGACCCCUGCGGCGACGGCACCCUCCACGACACCUGCAACUUCCGCUCCCGCGAGUGGUGGGCUAUUCGGAGGGGCCAAGACAGACACCACCACUCCCGCACCCGGCGGUGGUCUGUUCGGAGGAUCCGCCGCGACGGCGAGCAAACCUGCAUCCAACAUAUUCGGGGGUGGCGCGAGCUCCGGUGGUAGUGGGCUGUUUGGCGCCCAAAAUAACACACCCCAAGGCCAGACGACAGCUACCACAUCUUCUGCUCCAUCCCCGGGCAUAUUUGCCGGAACUGGAAACAGCCUCUUUGGCAACAAAAGCGAGGCCACGGCCAGCUCUCAGGCCGGAGCGCUGACUACCACCGCCACAGCUACUCCCGCGAAGCCCGCAUUCUCGCUGGCAUCGACAACUCCGGCUGGUGCACCACCCACUGAUAGCUCCAGGCCUCCCUCAACCGCGCAGACCACGAACGCAGCGCCAACUUCAAGUCUCUUUGGCGGACAGGGAGCAUCCGGUGCUCCCAGCGGCGGAAGCAGUCUCUUUGGUGCAAAGCCGGGCGCCGGAGGUGCGGGAACUCCCGCAGGAGGUCUCUUUGGCGCCGCUGGAGGCAGCUCGACGCCAUCGUCAUCUGCUGCUCCCGCUAGCAGCACAGCAGCUGGUUCGGGAGCUGCAGGCUCUUUGUUCGGGAAGCCCGCGGCUCCUGCGACUACCGCAGCUCAGGGCUCUGCUGCCGGUGGUCUUUUUGGAGGCACUGCCGCCAGCACGGCUGAGACCUCAUCCAAGUCUUCCACUACAACCGCGCCCGCUUCUGCACUUUUCGGAAACAAGCCCGCAGCCCCUGCCGCUGGCACGGCAUCGCCCGCGGCGCCAGCAACCACCGCGGCUUCAGGUGGUCUGUUUGGCGGGGGUGCUCAGCCAUCGGCAGCAGCGAAGCCCGCCUCCUCGCUUUUUGGUGCUCCGGCGGCCUCGGCAACUUCGCAGCCCUCCUCGACGGCCGCUACCUCGACCACCACCACUCCCGCAACAGCUGCUGCGCCCGCCGGGGGGCUUUUCGGCUCCAAGCCCCCGAUGGAGGGUGCGGACAAGGACAAGAAUGCUGCCAAACCUCCCGCGCAGGCCGGUACCGCUCCUGCUCUGGGCGCCUCGACUAACGGUCCGACAUCUCAAAUUCCUCGGCUGAAGAACAAGACGAUGGAGGACAUCGUCACUCGAUGGGCCUCGGACCUGUCGAAGUACCAGAAAGAGUUCAAGCAGCAGGCAACAACUGUUUCCACUUGGGACAGGAACUUGGUGGACAAUGGCGAGAAGAUUCAAAAGCUUUAUCUCGACACUUUCGAGGCUGAACGGGCCAGCCAUGAGAUUGAGCGACAGCUUGCCGCGGUGGAGAGCCAACAGGAUGAACUGGAGGCUUGGCUCAACCGUUACGAAUCUGAAGUGCAGGACAUGUUUGCCAAGCAAAUGGGCCCAGGAGAGCAGCUGGCCGGACCUGAUCAGGAACGCGAGCGCACCUAUAAGCUAGCUGAGAAGCUCACACAGCAGCUUGAUGAGAAGUCCCGCGACCUCUCGAAGAUGGUGAAGGAGAUCAACGACAUCUCCGGAACUUUGACCAAGGGAGCCAAGGCCGAAGAUCCCUUGAGCCAAAUCGUCCGAGUGCUGAAUGGCCACCUCACCCAGCUGCAGUGGAUUGACGUCAAUUCGUCGGCACUGCAGGCCAAGGUGACCGCGGCGCAAAAAUCCAACAGUGCCCUGGGUAGCCACUACAGUGGUGUUGACAACGAUGCGGCGGAGAGCUUCUACCGCUCGUACACGGGACGGAGGUAA